AUGGUCCGCCCAACUCUCCUCGUCGGGGCGCUUGCGUCUCUGGCACUGUCCUUGUUCACCCGCGCCACGCUCGCCGCGCACCACCCUGCGUCGGAGCCCAUCUCUCCCAAAGUGAUGAUCAUCACGGGCUUCACUCCCGAGCGCGAGAUCUGGUACCCCUACAACCUGACCAACGACUACCCCAUGCCGGGCUUCAUCCCUACCUACCAGAACGUGAGCUGCACCGCCAGCGACGAGAUCUGCGUCAUGACCAUGGGCCAAGCCGAGAUCGGCAACGGCAUCGCGAUGACCCUGCUGUGGUCCUCGCCCAUGUUCAACCUCACCGAGACGUACUUCCUCAUCGCGGGCAUCGGCGGCGUCAACCCGCGGUACUCGACCAUCGGCGGCGUCGCGCUGGCCCGCUACGUCGUGCAGGUCGAGAUGGGCAUGGCCUUUGCCGGCUCCGACCUGCCCGCCAACUUCUCCGACCUGUACUUCUUCCCUUCCUUCGUCACCUCUCCGAACCAGUACCCCUCGCUCGCCGGCACCGAAGUGUACGGCCUCAACGGCGCCCUGCGCGACAAAGUCGCCUCCCUCGUCGCCGAAAAGAACAUUUCCUUCGCCGACAACCCGACCGCCCAGGCCUACCGCAGCAAAUACACCUACGCCCCUGCCCGCGCCGCCCCCACCGUCGACAAGUGCGACGUCGCCUCCGCAGAGGUCUACUGGAGCGGCGAAGUCUACGCCCGCAACGUCGAGUACUACGUCGACCUCAUCUCCAACGGCACCGCCAAGUACUGCAACACCAACGAAGACGACACCGGCACCAUGGCCGGCCUCCUCCGCGGCGCCAUGCUCGGCAAGCUCGACUUCUCCCGCAUCGUCAUCGCAAAGGGAAACUCGGACUUCGACCGCCCCCCGCCCGGCCUCUCGGCCUAUCAGAAUCUCAUGGAAGUCGCGCAGAAUGGCUUCGAGAUUUGUCUCCAGAAUCUCUUCGCCGUGGGCAGCACGUUCAUUAAUGACCUCGUUGCCAACUGGCACUCGACCUAUAAGCAUGGCGUCAAGACCCAGAAUUAUGUCGGCGAUGUUUGUGGCUAUUUGGGCGGUACCCCAGAUUUUGGCCCCGGUCAUUGCUAG